UUUUAAUUGUUGUACACCUGUAAAAUGCACUCUGGCGCAUGUGCUUCUAGAGAUAAAUACACUAGAUUUUACUAGUCUUAAAACGCUGUAAAAUAAUGGACGCAUUAAGAGUGUUUGCAAUUUCUUUUUCAAUCCUGGCUACUGUUCUCUGCGACACAGACCCGAUUCCCUGUGUUCUGAACGAUGUGAACAGUAAAUGCCCGAAUGGUUAUUGCUGUGUCCGAGAUACAUACUUGUUCUCCGAGACUUACUGCAAGCCUUUCGGACAAGAUGGGGAUGCAUGUGUUACCAAACCGUCGUUCUUUGAGUGUCCUUGUGUGCAGAACUAUUACUGUAAAAGCAAUCUCGUAUCUCAUAUUCUUUCUCAUUUCGGAAAAUGUCGUCUGAUCUUGGACUACACAACAGAAGUGGCACCUGCACAGUUGCACAUAACAGAGUCUACAUCUGAAGACUUUUCAACUGAAAAACCGAAUUUUGAAGGUGUUGUAGGAUAGAUCUCUGAGUAUAUAUAUUUUAGGACAGAAAAAGCCCUCUCAACUUGCAAGAAAAAUACCAUUGCCAACAUGUCAUAAAAUGUGAAAUGAUGCAUGAAAAUAAAACGGGUUUACCCUUUUUCUUGAG